AAAAAGUUGUGUGGAGGUUUGUGAGUGUGUGAGUGUGUGAGUGUGUGUGUGUGUUUCUCUGACACGGAGGUGAAACUUCUCCCCGGUUUCCUGCAGCUUCUGACGGGAAGAUGGCGCGGCGCGGCGGCCGUGCCACGUCUCGGAUCCCCGGAGAGAUGAGCCAGGUCGCCCGGUGGUGUGCCUGCCUGCUGGUCCUCUGCUCCGCGGCGCAGGCUGGACUCUACACCGCCUCGGACCAGAUCGUCCUGCUCAGUCCGGACAGUGUGGAGGCGGUCAUGGUGAACUCCACCGCCGCGGUGCUGGCCGAGUUCUACGCUUCAUGGUGCGGGCACUGCAUCGCCUUCUCCCCGGUGUACAAGAGCCUGGCGACGGACAUCAGAGAGUGGAAGCCGGCGGUGCAGCUGGCAGCGGUGGACUGUGCUGCCGAGGAGAACCGGAAGCUGUGCACCGACUUCAGCAUCAGAGCGUACCCCACCAUAAAGUUCUUCCACGCUUACUCCAAGGCUGACUCCACAGGAGCGUCUUUCAGAGCCUCCAGUCACGAUGUGGCCGUGCUCCGUCACAGAGUUAUAGACAAACUGGAGAACCAUCAAGAGCCCUGGCCCCCCGCCUGCCCCCCGCUGGAGCCCACAAGCCAGGCGGAGAUCGACAGCUUCUUCGAGACGAACAACGUGCAGCACCUGGCGCUGAUCUUCGAGGACUCCAAAUCCUACGUCGGCCGAGAGGUGACCCUGGACCUGCUGCAGUUUGAGAACGUGGCGGUGCGCAGAGUCCUGAGCUCUGAAGAAGCUCUGGUGAACAAACUGCAGGUGACGGAGUUUCCAUCCUGCUACCUGUACUCUGCUGCAGGGAACUCCUCCAGACUCCGAGUGAACAUGGAGGCCCGUGUUUUCUACUCAUACGCCCUCCAGAGGCUGCCGGGGGUGGUGCGUUCAGGGAAGCCUCCUCCGGUAAAUGAGGCCGUCCUGAUCAACCGCACCGAGGAGCAGUGGAGACCCUUCAACAGGUCCAGAGUGUACAUGGCUGAUCUGGAGUCGGUGCUGCACUACUCCCUGCGGGUAGAGCUCGCUGCUCACACACUCAUCAGAGGACAGGACCUGACGGCUCUGAGGAAAUACAUCUCCGUACUGACUAAGUUCUUCCCGGGCCGUCCGGUGGUGAUGAACCUCCUGGACUAUGUGAACACUCGGCUGCAGAACCACACGGACAAAGAGAUCUCCUACGAGACGUUCAGAGAGUGGCUGGAUAACACAGAUCAGUCUGCAGACACUGCUCUGCCUGAAGGCGUGAGGUGGGUGGGCUGCCAGGGGUCUCAGCCCCACCUGAGGCGCUACCCCUGUGGGAUGUGGACUCUGUUCCAUGUCCUCACUGUGCAGGCCAAGAGCAUAGGAGGCACAGAUCCGCAGGAGGUGCUGAGCGCAAUGAGAAACUACGUGCACAGCUUCUUCGGCUGCAGGGAUUGUGCCGAGCACUUUGAGAUCAUGGCCAGGGAGAGUCUGGUGGAGGUGAACACGUUUCCAGCCGCCGUCCUGUGGCUGUGGUCCAGACACAACCGCGUCAACAACCGAGUGGCAGGUGCGUUGAGUGAAGACCCAAACUUCCCCAAGGUCCAGUGGCCGUCUCCGGAGAUGUGUCCGACCUGCCACACGGUGAAGGAGAACGGGGAGCACCGGUGGAUCCCGGAGCAGGUCCUGCCCUUCCUGCUGUCACACUUCUCCUCCAGCAGCAUCCUCACAGAUUACCUCGAAGACGAAGACCACAUCCUGAAAAAGCAGCAGGAGAAACACGAGGGUCGUCAGCGAGCGUUAGAGGCUCAGAAACACCUGGACAGGAACACCCGCGAGGCGCUGGACUCCAUCCCACACCCUCUGCCUCCAAAACCUACCCUGCAGGAGGAGGAGGAGGAGGAGGAGGAGGAGGAAGAGGAGGAGGAGGAAGAGGAGAAAGCACCACAGGAGACGAAACCCUGGCCUAAACGCGAGGUCGGGGUGGCAGGAGUCCAGCGGCGCCGGAGGGCCAGCUUCGUGGGGGUGCGGAUGCGGGAGCUGCAGGAGGAAAUCGUGGAUCUGGACAUGUUCGUGAACCAGCACUACGGGGCCAAGGCGCUGGCCUCCAACCGGGUCAAACGGCGCUCCCUGCAGAGGAACAAGGACCGGGAGCCGGGGCCCGUGUUCGGCCUCGGCAUAGAGCUGGACGCCGGGCUGGGCAUGGUGGCUCUGCAGCCCGUGGAGCAGGACUAUGAGCCGGACGUGGGGCGGAGGAGGAAAAGGGAACUGACGGGCCGGUUCUACAACAGGGAGGAGGAGCGGGGCCACGGGGGCCGCUGGAUGUCGGCGCUCAGCAUCGGGUUCUCUAGAGUGGACGUCAGCCUGUGUGUCAUCCUCUACUUCCUGUCCUCCAUGUGCCUCCUUGCCAUGUACCUGUUCUUCAAGAACCGCCUCAGGCUGCGCAGGUUUAAAGUGUCUCUGACCUGAAGAGAGUACAGAGCCUUCAUCCUCAACAAUCAGCAGGGAUCAGGCGGUGGUGGAAAGUACUUUUCUUCAAGAACUGCGGUGUCUUUUGAGGAAGUAUUCCCUUUUUAUGAAUCAAAUACAUUAAAUACCGUGAAAAUAAGACUAUGGUAUAUUAGACUUUAAAGUGAAGGCUGUGCAGAUUUAAGAGAGCUAGUGUUAAACAGAAAUGUGCAAAACAUGAUUUACUACACUAAAAAAAACAAGGUAUUUAUGGAUUUAGUUUACAGCUAACUUCAACACAAGGAAGGUGCUUUAUCUAAAAUAACAAAUACAAGCAUUAGUAAGUCCAACAGAAACACAUCAUUAAAGUAAAGCCAGACCAAAUAGAUCAAUACAGGUAUAAGAAUAAGAGGUUUUAUUUGAAAAUAAUUCUGGCACUAGAGAAAGUUAUUACAUUUGGCGCCUCUUUCACCAGCUGCAACUUCAACAAAUCCAGUGAUAAGAUCUAUAAUACUCUGGAUAAUGCGGGAGUACUUUCUGGGAUAUUCGGAUGCUAACACGUUUGUUCUUCUACUUAAAUGAAGGAGUCCUUCUCUUCUGUCCUUUAGUGCUUCUUCCACCACUGUCUUAAGGGGUACUUUAAGGGGAUGUGUUCAGAUUAGGGCGAUCUUAAGUGGUUCACUUAACUCUCACCUGCAGUGUGUUUAUACUGACCGCGUACAAGAGAUUAACUUCCAAAUUAGUAAUGCAAUGUUGAUCUGGCCUCCGCAGCUCAAAUGUGUGUGAAUAUUAAGGUUUAUUUUCCUGGGUUUCUGCUUGGGGUUGACCCAUUUAUGAAGGAUGAAAUUAAACCCAAUAUGAGAUGAAUUCAUUUUGGGAAUGUGAAGGAAAUAAAUGCAAUUACUGUUUUCUGUACUAAAAGAGGGAGAGUUAAUGGAUUCAUUAUUAUUUUUUAUCUUUUCAAAUUAGGGCAGAAAUGUGCCUAAAGUACUUUGAUACGACCAAAAAUAUUUCCUUCAUUCUUUUAUAUUUUCAUGUAAAAUAUUUGAAUCAUUUGAACUUCAUUUUUAUAAUUAUUUGAUUUAAAGUUCUGUUGUAUCUUAAAUUACAGAGGAACCGUUUCCCCUCCAAUCAAUUAAUGUGUGUGUUGAUUCCUCAUGCAUUGAGUUUAAAGUUAGUGCAUUUAAUUUAAUAAUCAGACGUUUAAAGAAGUCCCUAAAAUGCUUUGUGGGGAUUCUGAGGGUUUGCUUCACGCUGUUGAAUACUGUGACUUUCACCAGAGAGCGGGUCGGUGUUUCUGCUGCGGUGGCUUUACUGUUCAUUACACUGUGUCCCAUCUUUAGUGACAUCACACUGCUGGGGAUGUCUGCCUUCACACUGGACGGGGUUUUAGAAAUAAGCAGGAUUUGUUUUUGGCUCGAGUCCGUGAUGUAAAGCUCAUCUCAAAAACACUGCGGGCUCCACUGCUUCUGUCUGAAUCAAUAAAAUUAUUUUUGAUAAAGA